AUCAGUUUAACGUCAACGUCGGUGGCAUCAAGACAAUACACACAAUAACAAGCCAAGCCACAUAAAAAAUUAAAAAAGAAUAACAAAUAAAGAGAAUGUAGAGGCGAAGAACCAGAAAAGCGAAUACUAAACGCAACAUUUUUGGAUAGAGAUCCAGAAACGAGAGCAAAAACGAUACCGAAAAGAUCGAGAUUAAUGUCAGCGAGUGCAAAGACGCGAGUAGGCGCAGAACAAAGAUAAUGAAAACAGAACAAAACGCGAAGAAUCGUUAAGAAACGCUGCGUAACGGGAUCUGAUCAGUAUUUUUGUUGUUGUGCCAUAACCUUUAAGUGAGAGUGUCAAGAGCAAGGUCCAGAAACAACAGAUUUGCACACACAUAUGUAUAUACACAGUCGAACUUCUAUUGCUCGGAACCCCUAUUUACGGAAUAUUUGCUUUUGAGCAUACAUAUACCGAGAAGGCAGCCCCUCUUAAACGGUUUUUACUUUGUUCGAUUUUUGCUUUAAUUUUUGGUUUCAUUUAAAUUUGCCGGCAAUUGAGUGACGGACUGAAUGCGCUGGAAAAUAAUGGAAAAAGAUCGUCCGAUUUUCGAACGAAACGAGAUGCGUCUUUCCGAGGUGUAAUCGUGUGCGUGGGUGUGAGGUGUCCGUCCAUGCGUGGCAGUUGGUGUGUGUGUGCCUCAAUUGCCUCCGUUCCUCUAUUCGCCAUCCGCCAUCCACCACCCACAAUCCCACCCACCGACCCACCCGGGUACUCUACGUGUCAUUGUGGAUCUGGAUCUUUAGCGCAAAUUGAGAUAACUCUCGCCGUCUCACUUAAGGCGAGCUUAAAAGUGGUAUAAAGCCGAAGGGACAGGGAAGAGGCCGAAGAAAGGAAAGAAAAAGAGACGAAUAAGAAGAUAAAUAAAAGAAACAGGAGGCAAGAGAAACGCAAAGAAAAACUGCAAAGGAGGAAAGAGAAAAUCAACACCAUUGAAGUGGGUAUUGGGAUUGAGAUUGAGAUUGCGCUUCAUACAACGGCGCAUCGCAGUUUACGAGUGUCCAUCACCACUACAACACCGUGCAGCAAUGGAAGACUAUUGGGGUCUCAGCAGCACUACGGAUAUAAAUUGCACUCAGCCCGCCAUCGAUGACUUCCCCAGAGACCUUUUCUCGGAGGCACAAAGACAGUCCGGUGCUGUUGUACUUCAUGUUAUAGCCAGUUUAUAUUUAUUCGUAGCCUUAGCCGUAGUGUGUGAUGAGUACUUUGUGCCAGCAGUUGAGAAAAUAUGUGCAGCUCUCAACAUGUCCAACGAUGUGGCGGGGGCGACGUUCAUGGCCGCGGCCACCUCCGCUCCAGAGCUCUUUGUCAACGUGAUAGGCACCUUCAUCACGGAGGGCGAUAUCGGAGUGGGUACGAUUGUCGGAUCGGCGGUAUUUAACAUCCUGGCUGUGGCCGCCUGUUGCGGUAUUGGAGCUGGCAUGACUAUACCCCUGGACUGGUGGCCACUGACGCGGGACAGCAUCGCCUAUGGAGUCACAGUGGCCAUACUCAUCUGUGUAAUGCACGACGAACGCGUCGAGUGGUACGAGGCCCUCAUCCUGGUAUCCCUGUACGCCGUCUACCUGGCGGUCAUGUAUUUCGACAAAACGUUCCAAAAGUGCGCGAAAGGUGGCGUUAAGCAAGCGCGUUCGCGCAGCCGCUCCUCCAACUGCAGCAUACACACAAAAAGCAGCAAUGAGAAGGAACCAGAGCUCGUAGAGAAUCGCAUUUGCCAGAAUAUGGCCAACAUCCAGCUAAAUGGUGGACUCAACAAUGACCAGGCCAAGGCCGCAGGCACCACCGGGUGUGUCACAACUACAACUUCGAUCACUGGCUCAACCAUGACCACAACGAUGAGCACCCCCGCCAGUCACAGUGUCGUGGCAGGAGCAGGAGGAGGAGGAGGGGCAGGGGUUAUUGCGCAGAUGGCACCACAGGAUAAUUGUGAUGCAGAAGCCCAGCAGGCGGUGGCUGCCGUUGCGGAGGAUAGCGAGGAGGAGGGCUACUCCCUGCUCACUUACCCGAAGGGUAAGAGCUGCUUUGCGCAGUUCACCUGGCUCAUCAUUUGGCCCAUCCACCUACUGUUCCGAAUCGCCAUUCCCGACUGCAAGAAAGCCAAGAACAACAAGAUUUUCCCACUCACAUUCAUCAUGUGCAUCGUCUGGAUCGGAUCGCUGUCCUAUGUGGUUGCGUGGAUGAUAACCAUCAUUGGUGAUACACUUAAGAUACCUGACUCGGUGAUGGGAAUUACGUUUCUGGCGGCUGGAACCAGUGUUCCUGAAGCGGUGUCAAGCGUGAUUGUUGCGAAGCGAGGUCAUGGAUCGAUGGGGAUCUGUAACUCAAUCGGGUCGAACACCUUUGACAUCCUGCUGUGCCUGGGAGUGCCCUGGCUGAUCAAGGCUGUCUUCUUUCCAAUCCAACCGGGCCAGAACUACGUGGCCAUAAACUCGGCCGGCCUGGAGUACUCAGCGAUUACUUUGCUGUCAACGUUGUUCCUGCUCUAUCUGACCUUCUCCACGAACAAGUUCAAGCUGGACAAGAAGGUGGGCACCGCCUGCUUGGUGAUGUAUCUGGUCUUCAUGGUGUUCGCCUCCCUCAUCGAACUCAAUGUGUUCUUCCGCGUCAACCUGCCCACCUGCGGUCGAUCGUGAGAUCUGUAUCCGAUAGAUGUGCGAUAUACGAAGGACGACUAGUGGAGUAUAAUGUGUAGAUGAACGAUGUACCAUUUUGGAUGAAUGGAUGGAGUCCAGAGAUGCCAGCCAAUAAGUGCUGGUCCCAUUUUCUGAUUUCGUUUCCGGUAUCUGUCUGGAAUCAACCCUGAGUGCAGUCGUUUAAUUAAUUAAUAUGGAUUUUCUGUUCAAUUCUAUCUAUCUUGAUAGUUGAGUUACGUUAUACGUUAUGCUGUUAUUGUAAUAAUACUUUUUUUUUAUUAUUAUUAUUAUUAAAGUAGACUCUUUGAAGACCUUCGGUUGAACCCAACAGACAAAUUUAAAUAGAUGAGAAAAAACGGAGCGAAGCGAAUGGAGAGACGCGAACAAAACCAAAAAUUCAAUAAUGUAUUUAUAUGAUUAAUAUAUAUGAGAUUUAACAAAGUG